CUUUCCCCCCCCCUCACGGUUCACCGCAUUUACCUUUCCUCCCGUCCACCUCUCGGAUUCCGACACUCUUCCACCUGAACCGUCUACACACUUUCUCUGGUGACUUUCUUGGGUAGUCCAAGGUCUACAAUAUGGUUGUAGCCACAAUCAAGUGUGUUGUCGUCGGUGACGGUGCGGUUGGCAAGACCUGCCUGUUAAUUUCGUACACAACGAACAAGUUCCCUUCGGAAUAUGUUCCUACCGUCUUCGAUAACUAUGCUGUUACGGUCAUGAUCGGCGAUGAACCAUACACCCUAGGUCUCUUCGAUACCGCCGGUCAGGAAGAUUAUGAUCGUCUUCGGCCUCUUUCUUACCCCCAGACCGAUGUCUUCCUAGUCUGCUUCUCAGUCACUUCCCCCGCCUCCUUCGAGAACGUUCGCGAGAAAUGGUUCCCCGAAGUUCAUCACCACUGCCCGGGUGUGCCUUGCCUCAUCGUCGGCACCCAAACCGAUUUGCGCGACGAUCCGGCCGUUCGGGAAAAGCUUUCCCGUCAAAAGAUGCAGCCGAUUCGCAAGGAAGACGGAGAUCGGAUGGCCAAAGAACUGGGUGCUGUGAAAUACGUGGAGUGCUCUGCUUUGACGCAGUACAAGCUCAAGGACGUUUUUGAUGAGGCUAUUGUUGCCGCACUCGAGCCUGCCCCCAAGAAGUCUAAGAAGUGUGUGGUUUUGUAAACCAAUCACGGCUCCUACCCCGCAGGCUGGUACAUGCCAGAGAGCUGCACACUUUUUCAUUAGGGCAUGCGGAUAUGUCGUAUGAUUUUGGAGGAACGGAUUGCUUUAUUUCGCCAUACAGAGUUUUGGGACUUUCAUUCGGAGGAGGGGCAGGCUUACUCGACCGCCGUCUGACCUGAGACUUAUAUGUGUUUUUGUCUCCGAUCAUUGAGUGAAUAUCAUCCAUGCAGCCCACAGCUAUGACACUCGAGUGCAAGACCCGCUGUGACUCGGUUGCACCUGGGGAAAACUGCUGAGGGC